GUCCAAGGUCAUGGGUUAUCUACUGUAUAGACUACUGUAUUUCCACAUUAUUAAAUUGAACAUGAAAUUGAUUGCCACGAUUGCAAUAUUUGGACUGUUUGUUGUGAAUGCUGUUUGCGAUUGUCCUAAUGGUUAUAUGAGGCAUGACGAUUCCUGCUAUAAAUUGUAUGCUUCUACUAAAGCAUCAUGGGCCGAGGCAUUUAUGUAUUGCCAAGUGUUUGGUUCAGAUUUGGCAAUAAUUGAAACAGCAAGAGAACAGAACUUUGUAGAAGGUUUUCUUAGAAGGGAAUUCAAGUCAGGUAAAGCCCUCCGAAUAUCUAUCUUCUUCUUAUAG